UGUAUGGUCAUAUAUAUGUUAAUAUCACCGAGUAUAUUAGACUUCUUUGGAAAAUACGCGGUUGUCGUUUUUCUUAUUAGGAAAACUCGGGUAUUUUAAUUUUUCCGUGCAUAAGUUGAAUAAGGCGAUUACUUUGCUAUUUAGAGCGAAUAACGAGACACAAUAAAUGGAAUUUGAUCACUGGUUUACUCUUUCACUCAUAUGUAAGAACAGACGUAUGCAUCUACAAUACAGCGGUCACAUUUAGGGCGGACAGUCCUGAUUUGUUAAAAAUAAAAACCUGGAAAAAAAAUUGCGAGUUUUAAGGAAUACUUUCUUUCUCAAUACAAUUCCUAAUAAAAAUGGCUCUUUUACUACUUUUUAGGGACAAUCAUGGAAGCUGUAGAACGUGAAGCAGACAAGAGAGAAUUUGAUGAACACUUCAUUACAUCAUCUGGAGAGUCCAUGGAAAUGCCAGUUUUUCGUCAUGAGACGCCUGUGGUAGCCAAAGAGUCAAAAAUUCCAGAUCGAGGAACAUGGGCAUCCAAACUGGAUUUCAUUCUAUCCGUGGUAGGCUUAGCCAUCGGUCUGGGUAACGUGUGGCGUUUUCCAUAUUUGUGCUAUAAAAAUGGUGGCGGGGCUUUUCUCGUACCAUAUCUGCUGACGCUCAUCCUCGCUGGAAUUCCAAUGUUCUUUAUGGAGCUUGCACUCGGUCAAAUGCUCACGAUAGGUGGUCUAGGUGUUUUCAAAAUUGCGCCAAUCUUUAAAGGAAUUGGUUAUGCUGCUGCUGUCAUGUCAUGCUGGAUGAACGUAUACUAUAUUGUAAUUCUCGCCUGGGCAAUUUUCUAUUUCUUCAUGUCUCUGAGAGCUGAUGUGCCCUGGCGCACAUGCAACAACUAUUGGAAUACUCCAAAUUGUGUAAAUCCAUACGAACGCAAAGAUCUUCUUUGUUGGGAGCGCGUCAAUACCUUGAAUGGCACCACAGCACGUAUCUGUGCACUACCCUCAGGAAAUGUUACGGCUCAAGCACUCACAGACCCUGUGAAGGAGUUUUGGGAGAGAAGGGCGCUACAGAUUAGUUCGGGUAUCGAGGAAAUCGGUCACAUACGAUGGGAAUUAGCUGGAACACUGUUGCUCGUUUGGAUUCUCUGCUACUUUUGCAUCUGGAAGGGAGUACGGUGGACAGGAAAGGUCGUGUACUUUACUGCUCUUUUCCCCUACAUCUUGCUGUCUGUGCUACUCAUCCGAGGCAUUACACUUCCUGGUGCUACAGAAGGUAUAAAGUUUUACAUCAUUCCAAACUUUUCACGUCUCAGUGAAUCCGAAGUAUGGAUCGAUGCCGUCACCCAAAUAUUCUUCUCAUAUGGUCUUGGCCUUGGCACACUUGUGGCGCUUGGAUCAUAUAACAAAUUUACGAACAACGUAUACAAGGACGCCCUAAUCGUGUGCUCGGUAAACUCGAGUACAUCAAUGUUUGCAGGAUUCGUGAUUUUUUCGGUUGUAGGCUUUAUGGCUCACGAACAACAGCGACCAGUAGCUGAGGUAGCUGCCUCUGGGCCGGGUCUAGCUUUCCUCGCCUAUCCCUCUGCUGUACUACAACUUCCCGGAGCGCCAUUAUGGUCUUGCCUUUUCUUUUUCAUGCUAUUACUUAUCGGUUUAGACUCACAAUUUUGCACAAUGGAGGGUUUUAUCACAGCAGUAAUCGACGAGUGGCCACAGCUAUUACGCAAAAGAAAAGAGAUAUUUAUAGCAAUCGUAUGCGCACUUAGCUACCUCGUGGGAUUAUCUUGUAUCUCUCAGGGUGGAAUGUACGUUUUCCAAAUACUUGACUCUUACGCUGUUUCUGGAUUUUGUUUGUUAUUCCUCAUUUUCUUUGAGUGUAUCUCCGUUUCAUGGGCAUUUGGCGUCAAUCGAUUCUAUGACGGUAUAAAGGAUAUGAUUGGGUAUUACCCUCUAGCUUGGUGGAAGUUCUGUUGGGCUAUUACCACUCCCUGCAUUUGCAUUGGUGUAUUUAUUUUCAACCUUGUGCAAUGGACACCUAUAAAAUAUCUUGACUAUGAGUACCCAUGGUGGUCACAUGUUUUUGGCUGGUUCACUGCUCUGUCUUCCAUGCUGUGUAUUCCUGGUUACAUGAUAUGGUUAUGGAUGAACACAGAAGGUGACCGAAGUCAGAAAAUUCGCCUAAUCGUGCGGAUAGACGACGAUGUGACAACGCUGAGACAGAAAAUGCAGCAAGAUGCGCAGAAGAAACAUGGUAUCAUUUGAACGAGCGUUUCAUUAAAAUCAGUUACUUUAGGAUACGAGAACCACCUCGCGAUAGAGGAAAUAAUUUAAUAAAAUGCAUUGUGUUGCGAUAUUGGAGUUUUUUUUUAUUAAAAUUAAUGAAUCUCUUGUUUUAUAUACCAUAAUAUAGGGGAGAGCAGAACAGAAUUUUUAUAGUAAGUGUGUAACUGAAAUACUGAGAUUCAUUAGACGGCCCUAAAAAGAAUUGUUGUGCAUUGAGGCACACAACUAACAUCUGCAACAAGCUUAAUCGGUGCACCAUUGCAUUUUAUCUAGAUCCAAGUGUUUUUUCUCAAAGGGACCAUUAUGACCUAAUUACGAAACCACCCAUGUAAUCAAGUAUUAAAUACGCCACUGGAAAAAAGAUCCUUUUCCACUUCAUACCACCAAGAAACCCCAUUUCGGCGACAGUGAAGGCAUUUAACGGACUUAGCGUAUAGUAUGAUCUUUGGAUGGGACUUCAAACGAAUGGAUAGAGUUCGGAUUUUGCUCGAAUGCAUUUCCAGAUUCUUAUUGUCAAAAUUCGAACCAAUUUUUUCUCCUCAUCGUUGUCUAUCUUUUUAAUCCUUUUCACUCCACACUUUCUUUUCUCGUUAGUCUGAAUUUACAGAAGAGUUGUGGAAAUUCAUUCUGGAAAUGAUGAAAUCACCCGCAAAGGUGAUGUUAUCACCGCGCAAGCUUCCUCCGAGAUCUGAAAGAGAGCUAUCAUGAAAAUAGUGUUAAAUCUGAAAAAUAACCAAAUAUAACGGUUCUUAAAGUUAUUAGUAUGGCCUCGAUUAUUUGUGGGAUUUCACUCCAUCAACGCCAAGCCACACUCCAAUGGAGAAGACUGGAAUCAAAGUGACAAGUUCAGCUAUUUAGAAUUUUUAUUCUCUCUUUAUCUGCACUUCUGGUGACGAACGCCACGCACACAAUGUUCAUAUUAAAAAGACCUUUAAGGCGAGAAAUAAAUUUGAAAUGGGCAACGAAAACGUCUUUCUGCCAGGAUAUAAUUUUCGCAUCUGUUCACAUACAAUUCUCAGCUGUAUAUCAUAUUCGUUCACACAUAGAGUCAUACAGAGAAGUCAUUUCAUAUUUUCCAUACAAUUUUUAGGUAUCUUUUGCAUUCACGCAUUCGGAAAGUUACACAGAAGAUUCAUACAGCAUUUCCAUACAUUGCACAUUUGCUCCAUCGAUUAUUUCUCGGUACCAAUAACACUGUGCAACACUUUUCUGCCCUAUUUGAAGUGUGGAUUUUCUGAUUC